UGGUUAUGUUUGAUUAUAUUGUGUUUUGAUUUUGUUCAUAAUAUUUUGUUUUAUUUCAAGAUUAUGUUUUGUUCAAUGGUCUAAUCAGUGAACUUGAUUUAUACCUAACAGACGAAUUUUAUUUGGAUAUGAGUUCUGCCCAUUUCCUAGUAAUUUCAAAAGUUCUUACAAACUGAAAAAUGGAAAAAGCAAAUUCUAGUGUUCCUAAACCAAGGAAAACAUCAGUUCUCUCCAAUUAUGAGAUUUCAGUUUCAAUUGCUUUUAAAAGAGACUGUGAAGUAUUUUUAGUAGAAUUUGCCAAACAAAAAACCUUAAGUUAUGCUAAAUUUGCUAAUAUCUGGCAGUUAAAAAAUAUGUCUUAUAUAUUUGCGGACCAAACCUAUGUAUCACUCUUGAAAACUCUCUGCGAAGAAUGUUUUGCCAUUUUAACACAAUGUAUUAUUCAUCAAAAAAAUGUUUAUAUGAAGAUAGGCGCUCUGUACUUAUUAUAUGGUUUAUAUUAUAAACAACCGAUUGAAGGAAUGGUUAAGAUUCGUGUAUCAUAUGAUGAAUAUACUAUAAUAAAGGAUCUCAUGGAUGAAAUGGCCAAGGAGAAAUAUAUGGAACCUUUAUUUAUAUUUGCUAAAUUAAAAGCAGAUGUAGCUUUUAACUACGUUGGAUGCUCUAUGCCUAGAUCAAUCCGAUUUAUUAAAAAUACAAAAAAAGCUUUCACAGCUCAUACACUGAAUGCUAAUUUUGGUGAGAAUCCAUUAUCAAAAUUUGAGGGCAUAUUGCAAGAUGAAUCGGUUGUAAAACUCCAGGAUACCUGUAAGAGAUAUGAAAUGGCUUUGAAAAAAAAUUCAAGUAUAUAUCCAAAUAUAGAUCAAUUUAAAUCAACAAUUAUGGACGACUUAAAUGCAGCACAUAAAAAACUGUUUUCAGAGGACCAUAGUACACCCAGUGAACAAAUCGAAACAGACUUGAAAAUACUUAAUAGCAGACAAGAGAUCAAGCUUAGAGCUUUGAAAUCGGAAAACGCUACGUAUAGGGGUGCAAAACAAGUUUUAACUGCAAUUGAUUUAGAAUGAUAAAAUUAUGAGAACUGUUUAAGUUACAUAUCUGUACCCCAGAAGCAAACAAUAUUAAGUCACAAAACAUAUAGUUU